CCCCUUGCAGGCCGCCUCUGGUUUACUGUCCGGCGUCUUCCUGAACCGCUUCGUGGCGGCCGGGCUGCUCUCCAUGUUCGUGGAGGUGAGCAACAUCUUCCUGACCCUGCGCAUGAUGAUGCGGCUGGGCAAGCUGCCCCUCCCGAUCUUCUACGAGGUCAACAAGUACCUCAACCUGGCCGCCUACUUCCUCUUCCGCCUGGCCCCGCAGGCCUACCUGACCUGGUUCUUCGUGCGCCACGUGGAGAUGCGCGGCCAGGGGGCCUUCCUGAUGGUCAACCUGGUCCUGCUGGACGCCAUGAUCCUGAUGUACUUCUCGCGCCUGCUGCGCUCCGACUUCUGUCCGGGCGGCCACCGGCCGGGCUUGGACGAUGAGAAGAAGUACCUGAUCGACUGAAGGAGAGAGGAUGGAGAGGACGGGAGCCGAGGUCCUCGGUCCGGCUGUCGUCGCGGCGUCAUGUGC